UUUACUUUGAGUCUUUUGUUUGCUAGUUUCGUGCUCUAUGCCCACGAUGUUUGGUCGGCUCCUAGUCCCGAUCCCAAGGCCGCAUGGGUUCGUCAAGGCAGGGCAAGAAAAGCUGCCUCAAGGGUCGGAAAACGCUGGUCAAACGAGACUUCAGCACAACCGGCAGACACCUCGUGUUCAUAUGACAACUACAAGCAGGUGUUGGCUCCCAAGGUCAACGUCUGGGGUGGUUUAACUGAUGUUGAAGCUGCUUCAGUCACUCAGUGGUUGUUCGCUCAGCCAGAGCUCAACCUCACGAUCAGCGACGAUGCUGACGUCUUACACUACCUCGAUAACGCAGGACCGGUCCCAGAUCGAUAUGCUCACGUUGUGCUGGAUCAUCGAGCUUGUGAGGACCCCUACUACGAAGACAUUCUAGUCGGUCCGAUCGAAUCCUUUGGUGUCAAGAAUGGCACAACUAGGUGGAUGCCACUUGAAUAUCCUUACACUCGCAAAACGGCUGGUCGUGUACGUAACCUUGAUGCCGAUGCUGACGACACACUCUAUUCUCAAUGGAUAUACAAAAUUAGUGCUACCGUCUCAGAUAUCACUCUCGACCUUUGGGGAGGAACCGCUCUUGGCCAUGAUAACGACACUCUUUCUAUAUGGGGUAUUGACCCUCUUUGGCAAGAUGACGGACACGUGAUUCGUUGGGAUGCUUUCUGGUCUAACACGGUUGAUGACUUUGACACUCAGACACUUCUGCCGCUUGGUCUCUACUUCAGAAGUGAUGUGACCGGCCGUGACCCGUCUCAGUGGACCCUCGAAGGCUGGUACUAUAACGGUGUAUUCUAUGAGACUACUGAAGCAUUCAGAUCUGCAUAUUAUACACCUGGAUUCGCAAAGCUGGGAGCUAACGUCGAAGGUGACUGGGCUCGGACUGACCGAAAUGGACCUUUACUUCCGCAAGACACUGCCCACCCACCUGCGUCCAUUGCUCCUAGUGGUGCCAGGUUCUCAGUCGAUGCUGAGAGCAAGUGGAUCCAAUGGAUGGACUUUUCUUUCUAUGUUGGUUACCAACGUGACACCGGUCUAAGUCUAUGGGAUAUUCGCUACAAAGGCGAAAGAGUCUUGUAUGAACUAGGUCUUCAAGAAGCACUAGCUCACUAUGCUGGACAAGAUCCUCUCCAGAGCGGUACUGCCUAUCUGGACAGUUACUACGGCUUUGGACCCUAUGCUUUCGAACUCGUUAAAGGCUAUGACUGUCCAGCGUAUGCCACUUAUCUCAACACCUCUUUCUACGUGUCGGAGACGACGCACACUCACCUCAACAGUCUCUGUCUCUUUGAAUACACAGCCGAUUAUCCUCUCCAACGACACAGCACCUCAGAUUAUGUCAGUGUUACGAAGAACACCUACUUCACAAUCCGGUCUGUCAGCACUGUUGGAAACUACGAUUAUAUGUUCUCGUAUUCUUUCUAUAUGGAUGGUAGCAUCAAUGUUGAAGUUCGUGCUUCAGGAUACAUACAGAGCGCCUACUACGCCAAUAACGAGGAAUAUGGCUACAAGAUCUAUGACAAUCUCUCGGGUAGCAUGCACGAUCAUGUCUUGAAUUUCAAAGCAGACUUUGAUAUCCAAGGCACCAACAACACAAUCGCUGUUGUGAACCAGGUUCCCGUUUCGACGACUUAUCCAUGGUCCAACGGCAAAGCGCGUAACACGAUGAAGCUCGAAAAAUCCUAUAUCGAGACCGAGGACGAGAGUCGAUUGUUCUGGGGAGCCAACAGCGCGAUACAGUACAGCGUGAUCAACAAAGAUGCUGUCAACAAGUACGGCGAGUACCGCGGUUACCGCAUCUCUCCCUCUCUAGGAGCCAUCCACCUCACGGUCGAAGACUCCAGCAAUCUGGCAAAUGCAGCGCGAUGGGCAAACCACGACAUUCAGAUUACCAAACAACAUGACACCGAGCCUCGAGCCGCCCACGCCUACAACAAUCAAGAUGUGCACAACCCACCUAUCAACUUCGAUGCCUUUUUCGAUGGCGAAAAUCUCACUCAGACUGAUCUCGUGCUGUGGCUGAACCUGGGAAUGCAUCACAUUCCUCAUACUGGUGAUCUGCCCAAUACGGUGUUUUCGACAGCUCAUGCGGGUCUUUCCUUUUCACCUCUGAACUAUCUGGAUGGCGAUCCGAGUCGACAGACUGUCAAUCAGGUUCGCAUCAACUAUGGAGGUGGCAAUGAGAGUGCCGUAGAGACUUUUGGACAAGAGCAAGGUAGUUGUGCUGUCGAGUUUACUCCUGUGGAAGUGGAUCUUUGGGGUUAUAAGGGUGACGUGGUGGUCAGAAAGUUCCCUUUCGAUCCUAACAAUCCAUACUAUGAGACGGAUGCCAUUGUUUAG